UCGGCACCACAGGGCCACACCUCUUCUCCUCGGAAAAAUGGCGGCGGCGGCGGAGGGGCUGGCGGCGUACCGGGCGGUGCUGCGGGCGGCGCGGCGGACGUUCACAGGCGACCAGCUGAUGCUCACCGAGUCGGCGGUGGAGAUCCGGCGCCGCUUCGAGGAGCACCGCAGCCUCGCCCCGGGAUCCGAGGACGCCGUCCGCGCCCUCUCCGACGCCCGCGAGGCCGCGCACUUCAUCACCAACAUGAUCGUCCAGGCUCAGCGCGCACCCUCCGGAUCCUUCGUUGUGAAACCUGAGAAGGCACAUGCUGGAGCUACACUUGAGAUUCCUUCCGAGGAGAUCCUUUCUCAGUUGAAAUAGGGGAGGAGUUUUGUAGCGUCUGCUGUACCAGCGUCACAACAGAGACUCACCAUGUCUAGGUUAUAGUUAAUAAGACCAGUUCCUGUCAUCAGUCUUAUCAUAUUAGUGGUCAACAGAAUAGUUACAGCACUUGUAUUCUUUUUUACGUGCAAGUCAACACAUUUGCCUACUCUGUUUUGAGAACUAUUUCUGCGUCACGUUACGUUAUCCAGGCAAGCCACUGGAACCAUGAAGCUUUUUUUCCUUAA